GCCUGUCACCCAUCCGCCUGAAGCAGCGACCCCACAGUCAGCUCCGGAGCAACCGGCCGGGCUCUGCCGAGGUUCCAUUCGAAGGACACCCCCCUCCUCCAUCACAGCAUCGCAGCAUCACAGCAUCAAUCAUCAGCAGCAGAGGCGGCCGCAGUCCCAAUCGCCCGAUCGAUCAAACCCGUCAUUCAAGCCAUGAUUCUGAAUCAGAUGCAAGUCCAUGGCGCCGACUCCCCUCCUGAGGAUUUGCCGCUCCUCUUCAACCGUACCGACGGCGAGGCCAUUCUGUUCUACGUCCAGGCUGGUCCACGGCGGUCCAAGAUCGUUGCGCAUAUCGAGAAGCAUGGUGGCAAGGUCGUCCAGGCCUCAGGCAGCGAGGCGUUCUGCAUCGUGGUCCAGGAAUCGGCUCUGCUCGCCAAGAACCGCAGCGACCUCAGCGACCCCGCUGGAGGACCCGUCUUCCUGCCCGAACAGUUCAUCUAUGACUGUGUUCGGUACGGCCGCUUCCUUGACCCAGAAGACUAUGCCCGUCCCCAGCUCCCCGUGUCGGUGCCCAUCAAGCGCGAAAAGUUCACCCCUGAGCAGGACGAUAUUCUUCUCCGAGUUCUGCUGAAAAACUACCCAAACAACCUCGGUGGAAACAAAAUCUAUAAAGAUCUAGCGCAGGAGCAAAACGGCAUCGGCCAUACAUGGCAGGCCUGGCGCCAGCGCUAUGCCAUAAAGUUCAAGAGGAUGUUCUCCGACCCGGACAAUGUUAUGCGUCUCAAGCACCGCUUUCCCGGCGAGUUUCCCGAGGUAUCCCCGAGCCUUUCUCGUGCUGGGGCACCAUCCACCACACCAACGAGCCCUCGCCAUCAGAUGCCCACGGAACACCCGCCGGCUUCGGACACAACGCCGCAGCGGGAUGAUUUGGACGUCGCCGAGCUGUAUGCGUCACAGGAGAGCCAGAGCGGCUCUGGCGCCCCUUCUCAGGGCCCUAGCAUUGCCCCAAGCCAUCAAUCGGACCGCCACCAGAGCCAGAACGAAAUCCUAUCCCAACACUCCGUCCUCACAAGCCCCAAAGCCAUGGUGACGGACUUGCCGUCAGAUUCGCAGCUUACCGCAGACCUAGAGGAUCUGUUCGCGACCCAGGGCUUUGCUGCAAAUAACCCCGACGACGCCAGCUCGCAGAUGCAGUUUGCCGAAGACGAAGCCGCAACGCAGGCACAGUCAUCAAGCGACCAUGCAAACCCAUCGGACACAGCGAUGGACCACAGCAUGGACAUUUUCGAUGGCGAUGUCUUUUUAACUCAACCUGCGGCAUCAUUCACCGAAAUCGUCGAAGCGACCUUGCUGGCGUAUGUGACUGCUGGCAUCCAAGCCAGGACAGAACUAUCGGCUGGAAUGAGUGAAAUCGCGCCCGCUUUGCCUGCUGAUGUGCUGGGGGGCGAUAGAAGCAACGACACAGAGCCUCAGCAUGGGUCCCAUCGACCUGCUGGCGAUUCGACGGUGCCAGACCACACUCAUGCGGACAGCGCAAGCGAUCGAACAGAAGAAGACGAGGGCCAAGAGAGCGACGACGACUUUGUGCAUCCGUGCCCUGAGCUCGGCGACGCUAUCUUGCAGCCCAAUUUGGAGGGCCCGGUGAUGAGUGAGCCGGCCGAGUCUGAUGAAGCAACCGAUUCGGAACAAUCCAAGAAUCAGUCUGGCGAACGCAACGAGGAAAUCAAUUGUCGCAGCGAGAGAGCCAACGGUCACAGCGAAGGAAUCAGCAAUCACAGCGACGAAACCGGUACUCUACUGAAAAGAGGCGAAGUAACUGCCAUUUUCUGGGAGGAUGACACCGCAAACAACCAUGAAGCCGACCUCGUUCCGCGCGCCGCCAGCCCUGGAUAUGGCGAUGAGCCACCAGAGGACGAUGUCUCGAAAUUGGCCGUUGCCGCUGCAAAUGCCGUGGACAAGCACACUGAGAUUCAUGAGGAUCGUGGGCCUCGGCUCGCUUCUGAAGCUGCUCCCGAUCCAAGCGCGAGCCAGGGCCAGACCUCACAGCCGGUCGAAUCCGUGGCUGAGGCGGCAGAACCCAGACGGCCCAGCGGUCCUCCUGGUCCCAUCAAUGAGCGAAGCGCUCCCGCCACUCAUGGACGAACCUUUGAUCCAGUUGUCGUCAUUGACAGCAGCGCCGACGUACGUGUGCUGCGCAAGUCUCGCCAAGUCGCCACAGGCAGCAAAAAUGACAGCCGUCUGCGCUCAGCAAGCCCUGUGUUCCGCAGACCAAGCCUCGUCAAGACCAGCAGUGCAAGCGCAAGGCUUUCGAACCCGCAAAUCGACCACCGGUUUCCGCAGCAAGCCGAGAGAGACCGAGUCAGUGCACCAUCAGCAAAGCGCAAACGAGAGCAUAGUGGAGCGCACGCCCUGUCGCCUGGUCGAUUCGACAAGCGAGUAAAGGCCGGCGAUGCACCCACUGGCCCUCAGCGUGUGCUGAACACCCCCUCACACGAAGAACCGUCAGGCAGCGAGUUACUCGUCAUUUCCGACGAUAACGAGCCAGAAGAAAGGAGCAGAGCGCGACUGUCAGCAGCGGCCAUGAGACGCCGUGAAAAACAGGCCGCCAAAUCCUCGUCCAUGGCGAUGGAUCUCGAUUCCGAGCCAUACAGCCGAGCACACUCCGAUCGUCGGUUGCGAACACCCAAUCCCCCCGCGAACCAACGGCGGAAGGCGAUCGUCAGUCCGCUCGGCAAGCCCAUCCGGGUUACAAACAAUGCCAAGCACGACUACAUGCAGGAAUUCAAGCGCCUCGAACAAGACUUUGAGGGGCAAUUCAAAUACAGAGACAUACGGCGGGCAUGUUUUAUGGCAAGUGGAUGUCUCUACAAAGCCCGCAAGAUCCUCGAACACAACUUUGAUUUGGCACAGCUGGAUCCUGCCCUUCGCAAGCUGAUCUUUGACGAGUCGGACGACCAGAUCAUUCGCCAGCGGCAGAACGAGCAGCACUGGAACGAGCGCCCGGUGUUUGAUGCCUUUUUGUCUCUUGAACGGCGCAAAAGCGAGGCGAUCGUGUCGAGACGGCGGUGGUGGCUCGAAACCAUGGACAAGGCCGCACCUGGAUCAUGAAGCUGCCGUGGUCUGGCGACUCAGAUGCCCAAGCACAUAUUGAGC